AUGUCCCUCACCACGGAAAUCGCUGUGCUCAGCGAGCUGGUCGACGUCCUUAUCUCCCCGGAAUCGUUUAACAUAAAUGUCGAGGACUUGUUUGCUCACCUCAAUUCGACCUCGCGACAGUCGGCUGGCUCCGACGUCACCGUCCGUACCGUCGACUUCCACAGCUUUCUAGAGCUUGGGUACAGGCUCACAGACACAGACGUGACCGUCGAGGGCCUAAUAACUCUGCUCUCAUCCAACGUCUACAUCAACAACCUCUCCGAGUUCAAGAUGAAACGGUCAGACGAGUAUUUGCCUGACUUGAGAUUUGUAAUCAAAAACACAUUUCUACUGCUCAUUACAUUCUUCAAACGUCUCAGAGAGCCCAAUCCGUCCAUUUCAGGCCUCCUCAUGUUGCUGAACGUGUCAAUUGUCAACAAACUAAUCAAGAUUCUAAAAAAUCUCAACCCAGAUAUCAGGCUCAAGAGUGAAGCACUGUUGCUCAAACUGAUGCGGUAUCAACGUUGA